UUCUCAUCCCUCCCCGUGCCCUUUGAUCCCUUCAACCCUGAGAACUAUCUCUGACUCCUUCUUGGGAGACAUCCCAUGUCCUGGAGAGAAUUCCACAGGCUCCCCACCUCCUGGGUGAAGAGACAUCUCCACAUCUCAGUGUCCCACCACACUACCCUGACUCCGUGUUCCCUGGUUCUGGGCUUCUCCCACCCCCAGCACCAGGACCAUCCUUCCUGCCUCGCCGCAGUACAUUUCCUAAAUUCCACCUGCCACUGCUUUGCCCACUGUCUAUAUAUUCUGUGUGUUGCCCGUUCAUUGAAACUUUGAAUUUAAUGUUCCUUAUUUCCUGAUUUAAAAACAAAAAACCCUUUAAGAAGUUACAAAUGGCAAUUAUUGACCACUACUGGUUGUAUCAUUGCCAGUGUUUUCAAUGCAACUAAGCCAUUAGCUGGGGUUUUUUUAGAGGACAGUUAAAAAUUAAUAAAUUUACAACUGCAAGUUUCUUUCACACAAAAGCAGCAGUAGAUAUAUGGGUUUUUACAGUAAUCCAAUAACUUUGUACAGAUUUGCAGAGUUAAAAUUCCAAGCUUUGAUACUGGAAUUUGAAUUUCCAUUUGCAAGAUUUACAUUCAUAAUCGGAGUGACAUAACCACCGCACUAUCUAAAAUGAGCAGUGUGUGGCACGGUGGCUCGGUGAUUAGCACUGCAGCCUCACAGUACCAGGGACCCAGGUUCAAUUCCAUCCUUGAGCAACUGUCUAUGUGGAGUUUGCACAUUCUCUCCAUGUUUGUGUGGGUUUCAUCCGGGUGCUCCGGUUUCCUCCCACAGUCCAAAGAUGUGCAGGUUAGGUGGAUUGACCAUGCUAAAUUACCCGUUGUGUCUAGGGAUGUUUUGGUUAGGUAGGUUAGACAUGGGAAAAUGCAGGGUUUUAGGGAAAGGGUAGGGGAAUGGGACUGGGUGGGAUGCUGUUCGGAGGGACAGUGUGGGCGGGCUUGUUGGACUGAAUGGCCAGUUUCCACACUGUAAGGAUUCUAUGAUUCACCAUGCCCCACCCAAUCCUAAAUAAAUACAAUCCUGAGCGAUCCAGUCGGUUCAGUUUAUCUUGCUUAAGUUCAUUGUGAUUUAUUGUCUCAUUGUAUUUAUUCCAAAUACAGUGUUGUUUCGUGUCACUCCUCCCCAGCACCACCAUAAAACACAGAAGUGUAAAGCCCAGAAAAUAAAACACUGAAGUUCAUCUUAAAAAGUCUUAUCUCAAAGUUUCGGUGGUCAGUGGAACAGCUCCUGCUUGCGGCUCAGCCGUGGACCUGGAUUCGGGCUCCUCUGCCCCGAUACCUUGAAUCCCUGUGGCUAAAUUGAUGACACUUCUCUGUCGCACCGUCGGAACAAACAGGCACCAAUCUCCGUCAGCAUCUCACCUCGACUAACUCCUUCCCAAUUACUCCAAAUUCCACGAGAACACUUUUCUCUUUUACCCCUGAUUCCUGACCCUGUGGAUUCUUAUUUUUUUGUCUGUAAUUUGUAUCCCGUUGUCAGCUUUCUUGCUAGCUUUCUACCUGAAGUGAGUUGUUUCUCAGCAGAAUUCAAAAACUCCACUUCUAAGUGCUACUGUUGAUCAUAAAGAUGCCUAGUGGUUGUGGUUAAGUUUUUUUUAGUGUGUUGCUGGCUGGACCAACGUUUGUAGCCGAUCUCACGUUGCCUUAAGGAAGGGCGUCGGGGGUGCCACCUAUAAAUUGUUCAGGGGUGCGUUGGUUGGAAUGCUGACUUGCUGAAGUAGUGUCUCUCUCAUAAGAAAGCCACCAAUGAUAAUAUAUACACUUCCAAUUUUUCUUUAACUGUUGCAGUCCUUCAGGUGUGGGUACAGCCACACUGCUGUCUGAAAGGGGAUCCUGGGAUUUUGAGCCAGUGUCUCUGAUUACUAGGUCCGGAUGCUGAAAACAAAUGAAGGAUUGAGAGAAACCAGUGUGGACUGCUAUUGGGAAAUGGAUCGAUACAAUGAGUUAAAACUUGCGCUGAAGAAGUGGGAGACUUCGUUCUUUGAGAUAAACAGACGGAAGCCAACAAAGGUUGAUGUGGCUUGUGCUUCAGAGGAGACUCAAAAAUUGUAUAGAGAAUAUAGAGCCAUCAAGCAAAAUAGGGAAAGACAGACUACAGAGAACAAUCAAAGUGCACAGGUAGAUUCUGGGAGUAAGUCCUUGAUGAAAACUGUCCAAAACGAGGAGGCUUCUGAAUGUGAUAUUUGGGGAUUACACCUUAAUCGCCAGAACAGAAAGUUUCAGGAGCUUGCGCCAAAGGAGCACAGUGCUCCAAAAGCAUCGGCCCAGUAUUAUGGAAUGAAAUUAAAGGAGAAACUUCGAACAACAGGACAGGAAAGACCAAUUUCUCUCCGUAAGUUGCUUACUUCAAGGAGGACACAGCUGUCCAAAGAGAACAAUGAUGGGGAGAACGGCCCAGUUGUUCGAGCACAUUCUGCCACCCUCAAGUCUGCUCAAGAUCUGCAGCCUGCACCUCAAGACUCUCCAAAUGGAUCUGAUCAACUGCAAUUUCUGCAUCCUGCCAUGAAAGAUAUUUCCCCAUCAAAAGUACUCCGAACCCAGACAAGGACUCCCCAGACUGUUAAUAAACUACAGCAAUUGCAACAGUGUGUGUCCAGGAGAUUAUCCUCCAUUGACCUCGGCUGGUUAGAUAGAUGCCAGGAGAUAACACAACCAGAUGUUAGAUUGCCCAUAUUGGGCAGACCUUCACUCCUAGCCAAUGGAAAAUACGGUUUCAACUCAGAUCAUGGAAAACUUCCUUCAUUUGGUGACUCUACUUCACAAACUGAUCACAAACCUCAAAACCUGAAUGACACAGUACAAGUGGUCAGUGAGCAGUCCCUGCAUCAAAGUGAUUUUCCAACAGUCAAUAAGGGGUCCUGUUCAGUCUCUGCUUCAUCUCCUUCAGCUGAUGAUACACCUUCCUCAUUGGGUAACGUCUCUUUAAAAGUUAAAUAUGAUGACCUGUCAGUUUCCAGUAGUGAUUUUUGGGAUUCUGAAAAGCCUGCAGAAUUAGGGAAUGGCUAUUUCCAAGAUGAUCAUACUUGCCAAAAAGAUAUUGGCACGGGGACUGUACAAAUUGUAGCAAGAACUAGAUUGGAGCAUCAAAUACACACUAACUCAGUGACCAGUAAAAAGAGAAAUUGCAAAACCCAAGAAUCUUCGCAGGAAGAUUGUGAUGGAGUAGAGAUAGCAACUGAUUGUGAGCACUCUCAAGAGCUAAAUGCUGGGAAAGGCUCACAAGAUCUGAAGACAAGCAGCAAAAAGAGACAGAGGACAUUUGCAGCAGAUGCAAUGAGUGCUGACGCUUGUGAAGACCUCGAAGGCAAUGCCAAGAAACGCAGAAAAGCAACGAAACCUUCAAACACUGUCACAGCUCAGAAACGGAAGAAGCGAAUUCUCAGAGCCAGUUGCAAAUCUGUGGCGGAUGACAACAGCCCAGAUGCAAAUGCGGAUGAGUGGAAACCAAAACCUGAGCUGCCAAAGGAGAAUCUGUACGGAGAUUUGGAAGAGGGGAACCUCUGUUCAGAGGGCCAGAAGAGCAGUGUAGUGAGAGUUACACAACCUAAAAAGGAUGGCAACUUUGUGAGAAUCAACCUCAAGAAGAAAUCACAUGUCAGAGGUGGAGUGUUACGAGGAGCAUCUCUUCGCAGACAGGUCUGGAAGCAGAAGUGGAAUCUAAAAGGGGAACAUUUUGGUGGUGGUGCUGGUCGAUUCAGCAGAAAGGGAGACAUGUGUUUCCGCUGUGGGGCAACAGGUCACUGGGCCAAGAACUGCAGUGGUCAGGGAUUUAACACUGGGUUUAAAGCAGCGUCUGAAGAGAAAGUGGAAAUGUCUGAGAUGACAGAUGAUGACAUUGCCCCAUUACCAACCCUGGAGGAAGUAGCUCGUUUGACAUCCAUGCAUAACACUGUGAGGGGCACCUUGGCUGCAGAUAAUGCAAGGGCGCAACUUGAACCAACGACUGCUGCUGAGUUUCAACUGAACACUGCUUGUCCGACAUUUGAGAAACCAAAAGCCCCACCAGCCGUGGAACCUCUCUACGGUCUUGCAGAGGAUGGAAAGGUCAUAGCUACUCCAGCAGAGGUAUUUGAAGCCCUGUCAGAGCUCGGGUUCCAUUCAUUCAGACCAGGCCAGGAACUAACCGUGAUGAGGAUUUUAUCAGGUCUUUCCACUUUGGUUGUGCUGUCCACUGGAAUGGGGAAAUCAUUUUGCUACCAGUUACCUGCAUACUUGUAUGCCAAGAGGUCAAAGUGCAUCACCUUGGUGAUUUCACCUCUUGUAUCGCUUAUGGAUGAUCAGGUUUCAGGGCUUCCGUCGAAACUGAAGGCAGUUUGUAUCCACUCCAGUAUGACAAGGACACAGAGGGAAGCAGCUGUUGCAAAGGUGAAAGAGGGUAAGGUCCAUGUGCUGUUGCUCUCCCCAGAGGCACUUGUUGGUGGUGGUCGGGCUGGAUCAAGUUGUCUCCCACCUGCACGUGAACUUCCCCCAGUGGCUUUUGCGUGUAUCGAUGAGGCACACUGUGUCUCAGAAUGGUCUCACAACUUCAGACCGUGCUACCUCCGCCUGUGUAAGGUCCUGAAGGAACGUUUGGGAGUGAAGUGCCUGCUGGGUUUAACAGCCACUGCCACACUAGUGACAGCUCGGAACAUUGCACAUCACCUUGGGAUCCAGGAGCAAGAAGGAAUAGCUGUACGCUCUGCAGAUGUACCAGCCAAUUUGUUUCUCAGUGUGUCUACAGACCGGGAUAGAGAUCAGGCUCUUGUAACUUUGAUCCAAGGUGACCGAUUUGCCUCCUUGGAUUCCAUUAUUGUCUACUGCACACGGAGAGAGGAGACGACCCGUAUUGCAGCCCUGCUUCGUACAUGCCUUCAGGGAGUUACGCUAAGGGAGAUGCCACAAGAACAAACUGUGGAGGGGGAGAUGGCUGAGGAAGUCCUAGCAAAAAGAAAGAAAGCUAUGGCAAAAAAGAAGUUGAGGCGACCUUUAAAGUGGAUUGCUGAUUGCUACCAUGCUGGAAUGUCAGCCAGUGAACGGAGGAGAAUUCAGAACAACUUCAUGAGUGGUCAGCUGCGUAUUGUGGUGGCAACAGUGGCCUUUGGCAUGGGAUUGGAUAAGUCAGACGUUCGAGGGAUCAUACACUAUAAUAUGCCAAAGGGCUUUGAGAACUAUGUGCAAGAAAUUGGCCGUGCUGGGAGAGACGGGAAGCCUGCCCAUUGCCAUCUCUUCUUGGACCCAGAUGGUGGAGAUUUGAAUGAGUUGCGCCGCUACAUUUACGCUGACACUGUGGAUUAUUAUACAGUCAAGAAACUGGUACAGAAAGUAUUCCCACCCUGCAAAUGCCGUCAGAUUUAUCAGAAACAGCAAGAUGUCAGUUGUUGGGCCAUCACAGACAAUGAGUUGCUGGAAAUCCCUGACCCAUCUGAAGAACUGCCCAUUGAAGGGGAACAGCCCCCUGAGGGAGAUCAGUCCCUCGAAGAAUUUGAUGUAAAUUCUUCAAGGGUCUGCCACAGGCACGAGAGGGCAAUGUCAAUCCAGAAAACUGUUGAGAUGUUAGAUAUCCGAGAGGAAGGAAUUGAAACUUUGCUGUGUUACCUGGAACUGCACCCCCAGCACUGGGUAGAAUUGAUGCACCCAACCUUUUCAACCUGUCGCCUCCAGUGUUACAGCGGACCCAUGCAACUGAGAAACAUAGCAAGGAGAUGUCCUCCUGUGGCUGUGGCCCUUGCCAAAGAGCGCCUGUGUGGUGUGGAACAUACCCACUCCAAUUCAGUCGAGUUUGAUGUUGUGGAAAUGGCUGAUUCAAUGGGAUGGGAACUUCUGCCAGUUAAACGAGAACUAAGGCAACUGCAGUGGACAACAUCUCAACCUAAGCAAGGGUUUCAAGGCACUGGGAAGAAUGGUGUACUCGUGGAAUUCAGUAACCUGUCCUUCCACUUCCGAUCCUAUGGGGAUCUUGACAGUGAGGAACUGGAUGCAGUUUGUAAGUUCCUGCACCAGCGAGUAUUGGCCCAUGAAAGGACUGCACUAUGUCACCUCAGAGCUUGCUUCAAAUCAUUCCACAGUGUAGCCUUUAAGAACUGCAGCAUCUGUGCCGAUGCUGUUUCUGUGGAGAAGAGCUCACGUUUGAAACAAGUGCUGAAAGAAUAUUUUGAUCAGAAAAAUGAUCAGACUCAAAGCGUGAAUUACUCAGAAGAUGAGGAUGAAUUGAGCAGAGCAAAGCUCAAAGACUGGGAAAGUCAGAUCCGAGCUGACGUCCGACAGUUCUUGUCCAUCCAUCAUGAGGAGAAGUUCUCUGGCAGAGCCAUUGCAAGAAUAUUUCAUGGUAUAGAGAGCCCGUGUCAUCCAGCUCAGGUCUACGGACGAGAUCGAAGAUUCUGGCGGAAAUAUCUCAACUUUGACUUCAAUGAAAUAAUACGGAUGGCGACAGAGGAAUUGAUCAGAAUGAAGUGAGGUUGAGCAGGCAGAUUCCUAGCAUGGGGUGUCUGUUGCCCAACAUGGUUAGAGCUACUAUUAAACAUUGUAGCUGCUUCCCAACUGAGCCACACAACCUGCCAUCUUACAUUGAGGAGCCUCAACACCUUUAUGUGGGGGCAGUGACCGAGCAUUGCCUAGAUCCGUCAUGGUUUUAAUAUAAUUGGCUGCUGUUUUCACCCCGAUCAUCUGCAAACUCUGAUCUUCAGGUUUAUCUUAGCUGUUGACUCAUCAUGGAUUUCAGGGCUGUUCCCUCUUCUCAUCUUGCUUCCCAACUCAAAACCAAAAAAGCACAGGAAUGUUAUUAGCAACCAAGGUAAUGCUAAUAUCUGUGUAGCAAGAGGAAGGAACCUUUUGAAAUAGAAUUUGCAAUUAAGACAUGGUCCCUGUAUUGAGCAUAGCAUCCACUGCUCAGAUUCUGUUGACAGUAGUAGGGUUAAGAUCAGAGGGAGCUCUCAAAUGAUGCAACUGAUUUGUGUCAUAUUAAAUAAAAAACCAGGUAGACCUGCAGAUGCUGUAAAACAGGAACAAAAACAGAAGUCGCUGGAAAAGCUCAGCAGGUCUGGCAGCACUGUGAAGAAAUAAUUCAGAGUUAAUGAUUCAGGUCUGAUGACCCUUCCUCAGAACUUGUUGAUGUAGGCUGCAGAGGGACCCACCAGCAAGUGAUCCUCGGCAAACAUUAAAUAAUAAAGCAGUUUUGUCAUCACUAAUGCUGCUUUGAUAGUUGUUUACCAUCUCUAGUUUUUGCUGUGCUAGAGCCACUAAACAUAUCUUAAAAACAAUAAUAGCAGAACGCUGAAGCCCACUUAGAUGAUCCAGAUCUGUCAAGACAGGUAGGCCUUUGGAACGAAUGUUCUGUAAGAAGUGCUGUCGUGAACGACAUUCACCUAAAAUAUUCAUUUCUCUUGGUUAACAUUAGUGGUCGUGCUGUGCAUUCACAGAUGUUCUGAUUCAUUAUUUCAGGCUUUCAGUUUUUGUAUUUUCCACUGAUUUGUAAAUCUGUCACACUUUGAAGUAUUUGGCAACUUCCCAACUUUGAAUCAAGGUUGUUCAGUUUUAAUGGAGGACCUGACGUAAUGUUAAUACUUCAUUCUUCUAAAUGACGUUUGAGGGUAAAUGGUUAUUGGUCAUUUGAUAACCAAGAGUAAUUUAGCAAUCAUGUCUUCGGAUUGUUCUUAUUAAUUUAGUUACUGCCUUCAAAACAGUCUGCACUGCUGUUGUGGCUUUGCUGAGGUGAUGUGCUACAGUGCACAAGGCUCCCUGUGUACAGAGGAAUGUUCCAGAGGUGUCAGAAUGUUCAUUGGUUGUCAUUUUACACAGUGUUCUUACAGUCUUCUAUCUAUUUAUAUUUGUAUUAUAUUA